UUGAACCUAUUUGUGCCAUAUCAGAUCCUAAUUGUGUUAUGCGUUGCAAUUCAAUCCAUUGCUGCCUAUAGGCUGGACAACAGGUUAAAUACCGAUAGUAACAAUGUUGAUCAUGCUGCAUUGGGCGGUGUUGAAAUAACCGAAGCGGGUAAACACAUUCUAGCCAGAAUCAACGAAGCCAGGGCCGCAAAAUACAGUAAUUUAAGAGUGGUUAACAUGGAUCAAGACGAAGCGAUUGAAGAAAAUUUGAUGGGACGUACAAUCACUAACAAUUGUUAUGCAGUGGCCGCUGGAAAUAUAGUGUUCGCGAUCGCCGGCAAACACGAGGUGACAAUCGGCGAGAAGGCAUUCAUGUUAACCGAUUCCAUAGUUGAAGUAGAGAUUAAGUACGAGUUCUUUUUGGGUCCCCUGUAUUUUGGUGUCUACACCACCAAACCUUAA